AUGAAAACGAGCGCAAUCCUCGCCCUUUUGGCCCUUUCUCUCAGUCUUGCUUCCGCCGGAAACGUCGUCUGCUACUUCACUAGUUGGACGAUUUACCGCGAGGGCGACGGCCAAUUCGCGGCCAAAGAUGUGGACCCCACGCUUUGUACACACAUUUUGUACGCUUUUGUUGGACUUAAUUACGAUGGAACGAUCAAUAUUUUGGACGAUUGGGAAAUCACCGGUCUCGGUAAGUCCAAAUCUCUCAAGCAUUUGGUAAGCCUUAAGUCCCAAAACCCGAAUUUGAAGUUGUUGCUAAGUAUGGGAGGGUGGAACGAGGGCUCGACCACCUACUCCGAAGUUGCAAAAAAUGCUGGUAAAAGGGCAACUUUAGUAUCCAGCGUUUUGGACUUCUUGAAAGAGAACAAUUUCGAUGGGUUUGAUUUGGACUGGGAGUACCCAGGACAACGGGAUGGAGACGAGGAGAACGAUCCUGACAAUUUUAUCACACUUUUGGGUGAACUCAAGUCGGCGUUGAAUACCAAUGGGUAUCUCCUGUCGGCAGCUGUUUCUGGGGGUGUUGAAUCCAUUGAUAUUUCCUACCCCAAUGCCAAGGCCGUCUCUGACAAUUUGGAUAUGAUUAAUGUGAUGACGUAUGACUACCAUGGGGAUUGGGAGCAAUGGGUGGGUCAGAAUGCCCCUCUCUACCCCUCACAUUUGGACGAAACUCAGGAUCUCAAUGUUGCUGCAGGAAUCCAACACUGGAUCGACUUGGGUGCCAACCCAGCAAAAAUCAACAUCGGGAUUGGUACCUAUGGACGCAGUUUCACCCUAGCUGACCCAUCAAACACCGAUUUGUACGCCCCUGUCACUGGUACCGGCCAACCAGGCCCUUACACCGACGAAGCCGGCAUGCUGGGUUACAACGAGAUUUGUGCCAUUUACAGCGACUGGGAGGAGACAUGGGACGAGGAACAGAAGGUUCCAAGACGAGUCAAGGGGGACCAAUGGGUCGGUUUCGAUAACGUUAAAUCAGUCCAAUUGAAAAUGCAGUUUGCGAAGGAGAAGGGGUUGGGGGGAGCGAUGGUUUGGUCCCUGGACACUGAUGAUUUCUUGGGGAAAUGUGGGGGGAAGUAUCCCCUCCUCAAAGCAAUCAAUGAUAAUUUGAUAAUUACAAAUAUUAAGUUCAAGGUCGUAGACCAACCCAUGGCUGCAUUUCAUCUGGAUGUCAACCAACCCAUCACGAUUAGAAACACAAUGUUCGGGGAGUUUGGUACUUUGAGUCGGCUCAGGUUUCUCAGGAGCAUGAGUCGAUUGUUCAGAAGUUCAGAGGGAAUUUCAUCGGAUUUCAAAGCGGCGUUAAUGGCGUUCAAAAUUUGGUACUUGGUACCACUGAGGCCGUUAAAAUCGUCGGUUUCGAUGGACCAAAUCAUGACACCGGCUAGGUUCAUGGAUUUGGCAUAUUGUACCUAUGGAAAAAUGGUGUUGUUUUUACAUUGGUACCAAAAGAGGGGCAUGGACAAGUCCACUGAGGGCCCCGCCGCGGCCACAGCCGCCGUCAAAAUCAACCCAUGCUGGUCCCAAACCUCCCGAAACUCCCUAAUCAAGGUGGCCAUCCACGUCCAAAUACUCGUCCAAAUGUUUUACAGUACCAUUGGGUUGGAGUCCCACGAAGGUAUAGAUGAUAUGGGUGCACAAAUGGGGGUCGAUAUGGUCGACGGUGAAGCGGCCAUUGCCCCAGCGGUAGGUCGACCACAUAAAGUGAUUUGUUAUUACGCCAGUUGGGGGGCCCAGAGGCCCGGAAAUGGCCAAUUCGUCCCCGAAGACAUCAACCCCGAUUUGUGCACCCACAUCAAUUAUGCUUUUGUGGGUGUUUUGGAUAUUAUCAACGUGAUGACUUACGAUUUCCACGCGAUGUGGGCCGGUUUUACCGCCGAAAACUCGCCCCUUUAUGGAGGGGUCAACGAGAGUGACUGGCAACAAGAAAAUCGCAACGCCGAUGCUGCAAUUAGGUACUGGUUAGAUGGUGGCGCUGAUCCUCAAAAGGUCACCAUUGGGAUUGCCUUUUAUGGCCACCAUUUCAUCCUCGCCGACCCCAGCAAACAUGGGCUUAACGACGGCACUGCCGCCCCUGGGGAGCCUGGGCCAUACACGGUCAAUCUAGGCAGUCUGGGCUACAACGAAAUUUGCGAGUUUCACAGGAAUGGCACUGUGGUGUUUUUGGACGAUAUGAAGGUGCCCUACAUGUAUGAGGACACGUUUUGGAUUGGUUACGAUAAUGAACAAUCCGUUACGAUUAAAACUGAAUAUGCAAAAGAGAAAAAUCUAGCCGGUGUUUUUAUUUGGUCGAUUGAAACCGACGACAUGCAUGAAUUCUGUGGCGAGAAGAAUGGAUUGUUGAAGGCAGUUAAUAAAGCAAUUAAAAAUUAAGGAUUGUGUU